GGAGCUUUGACAAUUAUCAUCAGGAUUCAGAACCCUUACCCGAAACUCUAUUCGGACAAAGAGUUGAAUUUUCUUUCUCUUUCUGAUUCUGAUUCUGAUUCUGAUUCAUCUUCUUCCUAUCCUAUACAACGUUCCAAAAACAUGUUCAAGCUCUACUUCUGGAACAACUUUCACUAGCUCUCUCUAGCGUUGUUCAAUCCGGACAAAAUCAUACUACAUCGAUAGAGAGAGAAAGAGAAGGAUAUGUCGUCGCCUGACAUGAAUGGAAUGAUGGACAACGCGAAGGAGCUCGAUCGGUUAAGGAAAGAGCAAGAGGACGUUCUCAGCGAGAUCAACAAGAUGCACAAGAAGCUCCAAACAACUCCUGAGGUGGUUGAGAAGCCUGGUGAUAAUUCCUUGGCACGGCUUAAGAUGUUGUAUACACAAGCCAAAGAACUUUCAGAUAGUGAAUUGACUGUUUCGAAUCAGUUAUUAGUGCAACUGGAUGCUCUGAUGCCUUCUGGACCUCCAGGGCAACAACGAAGAAGGAUAGAAGGUAAUGAACAGAAAAAGAAACGAAUGAAGGCCGAUUCAGAUAUCUCAAGGCCUACUCCAUCAGUGCGAAACCACCUGGAUGCUCUUGCUAGUCUGAAGGGCGAACAAGUAGCAGCUAGGGUCACACAAGAAAAUGCUGAGAAAGAUGAGUGGUUCGUUGUUAAAGUUAUUCAUUUUGAUAGGGAAACUAGAGAAUUUGAAGUACUUGAUGAGGAGCCUGGUGAUGAUGAAGAGGGUGGUGGCCAGAGAAAGUACAAGCUGCCUUGGUCACAUAUUAUACCUUUCCCAAAGCGGAAUGAUCCCUCUGGUGCUCAAGAUUUCCCUACUGGGAAACAAGUUUUGGCAGUAUAUCCAUCAACAACUGCAUUGUAUAAAGCAACUGUAGUUCAACCUCGCAAGAGGAAGGCUGAUGAUUAUGUCUUGGAAUUUGAUGACGAUGAAGAGGAAGAUGGAUCUUUGCCGCAAAGGAUUGUACCCUUCCACAGGGUCGUAGGUCUCCCAGAAGGGCAUCGCCAGUGAGAAUAUAUAUAUACAUAUAUGUUGUUCAUAUGUAUGUUUAAAUUUGAAUUUGUUCCACUGUGUUGUGCGUUGGACAUUUUAGGUGCCCUAUGCAUUUAUUAGUAUACUUUCAGGGAUACUUUCAUAUGUAUGUGUAGCACUCGAAAAAUUACUGGCUUAUUGGAUAUCCCCGAAGGGCCAAAAAUUACUAGCAUAUCAAUUGCUAUGAAUAUUGUACAAAAAAUAAUUUUCAAGAAAAUACUUAAAAUAAUAAAAAAAUAAAUAUGAGCUCUUUUAUGUUA